AUGCCACGAACAACGUCCGCGAAAUUCACAUUAGUUCAGCAAUUAUUCAAGACCAUUUUAACCUCGAAAGCAACAAUUCAUUCGUGGGGUUCAAUCCGUGAACUGGAUAAUUUCGUUCCGUUUGGUUUAUUCGAUGAAUCACAAAUUUUAAAUGCAAACUCCAUCGAUCAACAAAUAAAUUAUCAUAUAAUAACCUUACAAUCCAACUGUCAUUGUGAACUAUGUAGUCAAAAAUUAGAGAACGAUCCAUUUUCACUUCAAGACGCAUUAGUCCAUUCGAGCCGUUUAUUUCUAAACAAGCAGUAUACGAUUUCCAAAUUUGAUUGUGGCUUGGAUCUUCGACUUUUCUCACGUACUCGAGAACAAACAAUUCAUUGUAAACGACUCAGUGACUAUGCAGCAGCCGAUUGUCUUGCGAUUCAACAUUUGUUCACAAACGGAUUUUUAAAGGAUACCCAACUUCAUUAUCGUCAUCAUUAUCCAGAUUCAUCACCGUCUCCUCAACAUUAUGCCCCAUCACCACUGGCACCACCCCUCACUUCAUUACCAUUAGUAGACAACCACUAUGAAAUGAUUUCUGAUGAUGAAAAUAAUAACAGCACAACAGAACAACAACGUACAAAUGAAGGGCCAACAUGUUUAAGGAUGAUUCUCAAACGUCCAGAACUUUGGAAACAAGCAGAAGAUUCUGAAGAAGAAGAACAAACACCGCCACCAAAAAAAUCUCGACGACCGAUUUCGAUCGAAGAAUAUAGACAACGACGGGCAGUAAUAACAGUAACAUCAAUGACGUCUCUCGCUCCCGUUUCGUUAUCACCAAAGCUUUUACAACAGGAAUACGAAGAAUCCCAACCGUUAAAAGCAGUAGAACAAUUCACAUUGCCUGAAUUAGUCGUUAAUACUUCCCCCGUUUCCGUGCGUUCGUCGUCACCGUUGCCACCCUCUUCGAAUCAACAACUAAUCCCGGUUGAAACACCACUGUGUGCUCCAACUUCAGUUCGACGCAACCCUAGUUCAAAAGCCAAGAAACAAAGAGACAAUAUCAAAAAAAGAGACAAACUACGACGAAAACAAUAUCAAAUUGAAUUCGUACGACGAAACAUCCACCAAUAUUUUACUCAUACACGUGUGAAAAAUCUUAUGCAUCAAGUCAACAUUCACAACAAAAACGUUUUGAUUAAUACGAACGGAAGAAACAACAAUAUAUCUCAUUACAUUGGUCUACCAAAUCUUGAAGCUCAGCAACAUGCUGAACAAACUUUAACUCCAUAG